AUGGCCACACCCGCGACCAUGCAUCCGUUCGUGAAGCCUGCACUGCGCCUCUGGUGUGGUCGUGAACGCCUCAACUGCUUCGGUUGCGGAAACGGGCAGGUGUACUUCUGGCAGUUCGGCACCAAACAGCCGCUCCAUUAUCUUGGAAGGCAGCAAGUCCUGUGGCUGAGUAUGGAUGCUUUCCACCAGCGAGCUCUGUCAAGUUCUGGAAAUCAACCACCCUCACGAGCAGUCCACGUGCAUUGGUUAUACGACAAGUGGUCGGGACGCUGGGCGGAAUUGUCGAAAUCCAGUGGCGGCGGCAUCGCGUUCCGCAGCCACACGUAUACUCACAAGUAUCUGCAGCCCUCUCGCGUGUGGAGUGAAGCCCUCGAGGCUGGAAAAGCAAUUGCAAGACGCGGCAAGCCUACUUCAUUGCAAACGGACCAAGCACCCGAGGAAACCCAGACCUGGUUGACUAGAUUGGACCGACACGUGGCAGAGACCCAAACAGCGACACGCUACAGCAGCGUUCGAGGUCAAAGCUCUUACAGAGGACGUCGUCCCGGCGAGGGCCAGAUCACAUCGUCAACAAGAAGAACAAUAUCCUCCGAACCAUCGAUCAGAGACAGCGGUCUCUCUGGAGACUUUGACUACCACUUCCACCGGAUGCAACAGGAGACAAUCAGGAUGCUUGAAGUUCUUUUGGCCCGGUUGGAGGAUCAAACGAGGUCAUUACCACCCGUCACCGCCGCCGCCGACGUAUCCGGGGCAGAGCAAUCCUCGACGCGAGGCCGUGUUUUCGAUCCUGCACCCGCUGUGUCCGGUGCGUCGAUCAGGGCCACUCGACGCCGACAAUCUCGAUCCAACGCUCCGUCAAUCGCGUCGUCACGCUCAUCUUCGCCAACUGGAGCCUACAUCCCUUCCACAACCUCAUCUCGGUCAUCAUCUCGGUCCUCAUCCGCGUCGAGGAACAGCAACACAUCUUCAUCCUCGAUCUCCUCCGAGACUGAAUGUGGGAUCUGCCUGAACGCCAUGUCCUCUGACGAUGACGAUGACGACGACAACGACAACGAGACCUGGCGCUGUUCUACGUGCCACAACGCCACGCACGCCAUGUGCUUUGACGAGUGGAUGGCACGCUCUACCACCAACAGCGUGACAUGCAUUUACUGGUACGUAUCCACGUCUCCCCCCCUUGGUGAUUCACCAUCAUGA